AUGGGGGCAUGGCAACAAGGGGGCAUGGCAACAAGGGGGCAUGGCAACAAGGGGGCAUGGCAACAAGGGGGCAUGGCAACAAGGGGGCAUGGCAACAAGGGGGCAUGGCAACAAGGGGGCAUGGGCAACAAGGGGGCAUGGCAACAAGGGGGCAUGGCAACAAGGGGGCAUGGCAACAAGGGGGCAUGGGCAACAAGGGGGCAUGGCAACAAGGGGGCAUGGCAACAAGGGGGCAUGGCAACAAGGGGGCAUGGGCAACAAGGGGGCAUGGCAACAAGGGGGCAUGGGCAACAAGGGGGCAUGGCAACAAGGGGGCAUGGCAACAAGGGGGCAUGGGCAACAAGGGGGCAUGGCAACAAGGGGGCAUGGCAACAAGGGGGCAUGGCAACAAGGGGGCAUGGCAACAAGGGGGCAUGGGCAACAAGGGGGCAUGGCAACAAGGGGGCAUGGCAACAAGGGGGCAUGGGCAACAAGGGGGCAUGGCAACAAGGGGGCAUGGCAACAAGGGGGCAUGGCAACAAGGGGGCAUGGGCAACAAGGGGGCAUGGCAACAAGGGGGCAUGGGCAACAAGGGGGCAUGGCAACAAGGGGGCAUGGCAACAAGGGGGCAUGGCAACAAGGGGGCAUGGGCAACAAGGGGGCAUGGCAACAAGGGGGCAUGGGCAACAAGGGGGCAUGGCAACAAGGGGGCAUGGCAACAAGGGGGCAUGGCAACAAGGGGGCAUGGCAACAAGGGGGCAUGGCAACAAGGGGGCAUGGCAACAAGGGGGCAUGGCAACAAGGGGGCAUGGCAACAAGGGGGCAUGGGCAACAAGGGGGCAUGGCAACAAGGGGGCAUGGCAACAAGGGGGCAUGGCAACAAGGGGGCAUGGCAACAAGGGGGCAUGGCAACAAGGGGGCAUGGCAACAAGGGGGCAUGGCAACAAGGGGGCAUGGCAACAAGGGGGCAUGGCAACAAGGGGGCAUGGCAACAAGGGGGCAUGGGCAACAAGGGGGCAUGGCAACAAGGGGGCAUGGGCAACAAGGGGGCAUGGCAACAAUGGGGCAUGGCAACAAGGGGGCAUGGCAACAAGGGGGCAUGGCAACAAGGGGGCAUGGCAACAAGGGGGCAUGGCAACAAGGGGGCAUGGCAACAAGGGGGCAUGGCAACAAGGGGGCAUGGCAACAAGGGGGCAUGGGCAACAAGGGGGCAUGGCAACAAGGGGGCAUGGGCAACAAGGGGGCAUGGCAACAAGGGGGCAUGGCAACAAGGGGGCAUGGCAACAAGGGGGCAUGGCAACAAGGGGGCAUGGCAACAAGGGGGCAUGGCAACAAGGGGGCAUGGCAACAAGGGGGCAUGGCAACAAGGGGGCAUGGGCAACAAGGGGGCAUGGCAACAAGGGGGCAUGGCAACAAGGGGGCAUGGCAACAAGGGGGCAUGGCAACAAGGGGGCAUGGCAACAAGGGGGCAUGGCAACAAGGGGGCAUGGCAACAAGGGGGCAUGGCAACAAGGGGGCAUGGGCAACAAGGGGGCAUGGCAACAAGGGGGCAUGGGCAACAAGGGGGCAUGGCAACAAGGGGGCAUGGCAACAAGGGGGCAUGGGCAACAAGGGGGCAUGGCAACAAGGGGGCAUGGGCAACAAGGGGGCAUGGGCAACAAGGGGGCAUGGGCAACAAGGGGGCAUGGCAACAAGGGGGCAUGGCAACAAGGGGGCAUGGCAACAAGGGGGCAUGGCAACAAGGGGGCAUGGCAACAAGGGGGCAUGGCAACAAGGGGGCAUGGCAACAAGGGGGCAUGGCAACAAGGGGGCAUGGCAACAAGGGGGCAUGGCAACAAGGGGGCAUGGCAACAAGGGGGCAUGGCAACAAGGGGGCAUGGGCAACAAGGGGGCAUGGGCAACAAGGGGGCAUGGGCAACAAGGGGGCAUGGGCAACAAGGGGGCAUGGGCAACAAGGGGGCAUGGCAACAAGGGGGCAUGGCAACAAGGGGGCAUGGCAACAAGGGGGCAUGGCAACAAGGGGGCAUGGCAACAAGGGGGCAUGGGCAACAAGGGGGCAUGGCAACAAGGGGGCAUGGGCAACAAGGGGGCAUGGGCAACAAGGGGGCAUGGGCAACAAGGGGGCAUGGCAACAAGGGGGCAUGGCAACAAGGGGGCAUGGCAACAAGGGGGCAUGGCAACAAGGGGGCAUGGCAACAAGGGGGCAUGGGCAACAAGGGGGCAUGGCAACAAGGGGGCAUGGGCAACAAGGGGGCAUGGCAACAAGGGGGCAUGGCAACAAGGGGGCAUGGCAACAAGGGGGCAUGGGCAACAAGGGGGCAUGGCAACAAGGGGGCAUGGGCAACAAGGGGGCAUGGGCAACAAGGGGGCAUGGGCAACAAGGGGGCAUGGCAACAAGGGGGCAUGGCAACAAGGGGGCAUGGCAACAAGGGGGCAUGGCAACAAGGGGGCAUGGCAACAAGGGGGCAUGGCAACAAGGGGGCAUGGGCAACAAGGGGGCAUGGGCAACAAGGGGGCAUGGCAACAAGGGGGCAUGGGCAACAAGGGGGCAUGGGCAACAAGGGGGCAUGGGCAACAAGGGGGCAUGGGCAACAAGGGGGCAUGGGCAACAAGGGGGCAUGGGCAACAAGGGGGCAUGGGCAACAAGGGGGCAUGGCAACAAGGGGGCAUGGGCAACAAGGGGGCAUGGGCAACAAGGGGGCAUGGGCAACAAGGGGGCAUGGCAACAAGGGGGCAUGGCAACAAGGGGGCAUGGCAACAAGGGGGCAUGGCAACAAGGGGGCAUGGCAACAAGGGGGCAUGGCAACAAGGGGGCAUGGCAACAAGGGGGUAUGGCAACAAGGGGGCAUGGCAACAAGGGGGCAUGGCAACAAGGGGGCAUGGCAACAAGGGGGCAUGGGCAACAAGGGGGCAUGGCAACAAGGGGGCAUGGGCAACAAGUGGGCAUGGGCAACAAGGGGGCAUGGGCAACAAGGGGGCAUGGGCAACAAGGGGGCAUGGCAACAAGGGGGCAUGGCAACAAGGGGGCAUGGCAACAAGGGGGCAUGGCAACAAGGGGGCAUGGCAACAAGGGGGCAUGGGCAACAAGGGGGCAUGGCAACAAGGGGGCAUGGGCAACAAGGGGGCAUGGGCAACAAGGGGGCAUGGGCAACAAGGGGGCAUGGCAACAAGGGGGCAUGGCAACAAGGGGGCAUGGCAACAAGGGGGCAUGGCAACAAGGGGGCAUGGCAACAAGGGGGCAUGGGCAACAAGGGGGCAUGGCAACAAGGGGGCAUGGGCAACAAGGGGGCAUGGCAACAAGGGGGCAUGGCAACAAGGGGGCAUGGCAACAAGGGGGCAUGGGCAACAAGGGGGCAUGGCAACAAGGGGGCAUGGGCAACAAGGGGGCAUGGGCAACAAGGGGGCAUGGCAACAAGGGGGCAUGGCAACAAGGGGGCAUGGCAACAAGGGGGCAUGGGCAACAAGGGGGCAUGGCAACAAGGGGGCAUGGGCAACAAGGGGGCAUGGCAACAAGGGGGCAUGGCAACAAGGGGGCAUGGGCAACAAGGGGGCAUGGCAACAAGGGGGCAUGGCAACAAGGGGGCAUGGCAACAAGGGGGCAUGGCAACAAGGGGGCAUGGCAACAAGGGGGCAUGGCAACAAGGGGGCAUGGCAACAAGGGGGCAUGGCAACAAGGGGGCAUGGCAACAAGGGGGCAUGGCAACAAGGGGGCAUGGCAACAAGGGGGCAUGGCAACAAGGGGGCAUGGCAACAAGGGGGCAUGGCAACAAGGGGGCAUGGCAACAAGGGGGUAUGGCAACAAGGGGGCAUGGCAACAAGGGGGCAUGGCAACAAGGGGGCAUGGCAACAAGGGGGCAUGGGCAACAAGGGGGCAUGGCAACAAGGGGGCAUGGGCAACAAGUGGGCAUGGGCAACAAGGGGGCAUGGGCAACAAGGGGGCAUGGGCAACAAGGGGGCAUGGCAACAAGGGGGCAUGGCAACAAGGGGGCAUGGCAACAAGGGGGCAUGGCAACAAGGGGGCAUGGCAACAAGGGGGCAUGGGCAACAAGGGGGCAUGGCAACAAGGGGGCAUGGGCAACAAGGGGGCAUGGGCAACAAGGGGGCAUGGGCAACAAGGGGGCAUGGCAACAAGGGGGCAUGGCAACAAGGGGGCAUGGCAACAAGGGGGCAUGGCAACAAGGGGGCAUGGCAACAAGGGGGCAUGGGCAACAAGGGGGCAUGGCAACAAGGGGGCAUGGGCAACAAGGGGGCAUGGCAACAAGGGGGCAUGGCAACAAGGGGGCAUGGCAACAAGGGGGCAUGGGCAACAAGGGGGCAUGGCAACAAGGGGGCAUGGGCAACAAGGGGGCAUGGGCAACAAGGGGGCAUGGCAACAAGGGGGCAUGGCAACAAGGGGGCAUGGCAACAAGGGGGCAUGGGCAACAAGGGGGCAUGGCAACAAGGGGGCAUGGGCAACAAGGGGGCAUGGCAACAAGGGGGCAUGGCAACAAGGGGGCAUGGGCAACAAGGGGGCAUGGCAACAAGGGGGCAUGGCAACAAGGGGGCAUGGCAACAAGGGGGCAUGGCAACAAGGGGGCAUGGCAACAAGGGGGCAUGGCAACAAGGGGGCAUGGGCAACAAGGGGGCAUGGCAACAAGGGGGCAUGGGCAACAAGGGGGCAUGGGCAACAAGGGGGCAUGGCAACAAGGGGGCAUGGGCAACAAGGGGGCAUGGGCAACAAGGGGGCAUGGGCAACAAGGGGGCAUGGGCAACAAGGGGGCAUGGCAACAAGGGGGCAUGGCAACAAGGGGGCAUGGCAACAAGGGGGCAUGGCAACAAGGGGGCAUGGCAACAAGGGGGCAUGGGCAACAAGGGGGCAUGGCAACAAGGGGGCAUGGGCAACAAGGGGGCAUGGGCAACAAGGGGGCAUGGGCAACAAGGGGGCAUGGCAACAAGGGGGCAUGGCAACAAGGGGGCAUGGCAACAAGGGGGCAUGGCAACAAGGGGGCAUGGCAACAAGGGGGCAUGGGCAACAAGGGGGCAUGGCAACAAGGGGGCAUGGGCAACAAGGGGGCAUGGCAACAAGGGGGCAUGGCAACAAGGGGGCAUGGCAACAAGGGGGCAUGGGCAACAAGGGGGCAUGGCAACAAGGGGGCAUGGGCAACAAGGGGGCAUGGGCAACAAGGGGGCAUGGGCAACAAGGGGGCAUGGCAACAAGGGGGCAUGGCAACAAGGGGGCAUGGCAACAAGGGGGCAUGGCAACAAGGGGGCAUGGCAACAAGGGGGCAUGGCAACAAGGGGGCAUGGGCAACAAGGGGGCAUGGGCAACAAGGGGGCAUGGCAACAAGGGGGCAUGGGCAACAAGGGGGCAUGGGCAACAAGGGGGCAUGGGCAACAAGGGGGCAUGGGCAACAAGGGGGCAUGGGCAACAAGGGGGCAUGGGCAACAAGGGGGCAUAGGCAACAAGGGGGCAUGGCAACAAGGGGGCAUGGGCAACAAGGGGGCAUGGGCAACAAGGGGGCAUGGGCAACAAGGGGGCAUGGCAACAAGGGGGCAUGGCAACAAGGGGGCAUGGCAACAAGGGGGCAUGGCAACAAGGGGGCAUGGCAACAAGGGGGCAUGGCAACAAGGGGGCAUGGCAACAAGGGGGCAUGGCAACAAGGGGGCAUGGCAACAAGGGGGCAUGGCAACAAGGGGGCAUGGCAACAAGGGGGCAUGGGCAACAAGGGGGCAUGGCAACAAGGGGGCAUGGGCAACAAGGGGGCAUGGGCAACAAGGGGGCAUGGGCAACAAGGGGGCAUGGGCAACAAGGGGGCAUGGCAACAAGGGGGCAUGGCAACAAGGGGGCAUGGCAACAAGGGGGCAUGGCAACAAGGGGGCAUGGCAACAAGGGGGCAUGGGCAACAAGGGGGCAUGGCAACAAGGGGGCAUGGGCAACAAGGGGGCAUGGGCAACAAGGGGGCAUGGGCAACAAGGGGGCAUGGCAACAAGGGGGCAUGGCAACAAGGGGGCAUGGCAACAAGGGGGCAUGGCAACAAGGGGGCAUGGCAACAAGGGGGCAUGGGCAACAAGGGGGCAUGGCAACAAGGGGGCAUGGGCAACAAGGGGGCAUGGCAACAAGGGGGCAUGGCAACAAGGGGGCAUGGCAACAAGGGGGCAUGGGCAACAAGGGGGCAUGGCAACAAGGGGGCAUGGGCAACAAGGGGGCAUGGGCAACAAGGGGGCAUGGGCAACAAGGGGGCAUGGCAACAAGGGGGCAUGGCAACAAGGGGGCAUGGCAACAAGGGGGCAUGGCAACAAGGGGGCAUGGCAACAAGGGGGCAUGGCAACAAGGGGGCAUGGGCAACAAGGGGGCAUGGGCAAGAAGGGGGCAUGGCAACAAGGGGGCAUGGGCAACAAGGGGGCAUGGGCAACAAGGGGGCAUGGGCAACAAGGGGGCAUGGGCAACAAGGGGGCAUGGGCAACAAGGGGGCAUGGGCAACAAGGGGGCAUGGGCAACAAGGGGGCAUGGGCAACAAGGGGGCAUGGGCAACAAGGGGGCAUGGGCAACAAGGGGGCAUGGGCAACAAGGGGGCAUGGGCAACAAGGGGGCAUGGGCAACAAGGGGGCAUGGGCAACAAGGGGGCAUGGGCAACAAGGGGGCAUGGGCAACAAGGGGGCAUGGGCAACAAGGGGGCAUGGGCAACAAGGGGGCAUGGGCAACAAGGGGGCAUGGGCAACAAGGGGGCAUGGGCAACAAGGGGGCAUGGGCAACAAGGGGGCAUGGGCAACAAGGGGGCAUGGGCAACAAGGGGGCAUGGGCAACAAGGGGGCAUGGGCAACAAGGGGGCAUGGGCAACAAGGGGGCAUGGGCAACAAGGGGGCAUGGGCAACAAGGGGGCAUGGCAACAAGGGGUCAUGGCAACAAGGGGGCAUGGCAACAAGGGAGCAUGGCAACAAGGGGGCAUGGCAACAAGGGGGCAUGGCAACAAGGGGGCAUGGCAACAAGGGGGCAUGGCAACAAGGGGGCAUGGCAACAAGGGGGCAUGGCAACAAGGGGGCAUGGCAACAAGGGGGCAUGUGCAGCAGUCCACUCAUCCCUCACCUGCCUCCCCAGAGUGUGCAGGUGCAAAAAGGACCCGAUGA